GACGUGUUUCCGGGGGAGGGAAUUCAGCGUGGGACUGGAAGCCCUACGCGGGCUUCCGCGGCUGCUGCGGCACAUGGCGGCUCCAGGACAUUCUGCUCGGGAGACAUCGGCAGCUCCAGGGCCAGGGCAGCCUACGUGCAGUGACGCCGCCUCCAGGGCCAAGAAACAUAAGAAGAAGAAAAACCGGAAUGGGGCCUCUGUGGCGAAUGUAGGCGGGAAGGCCUCAGAAAAGCCCGCUGCAGAGGAAGCCCCGCUAAGCGCUGAGGCCCAGGCGGAGCAGCUGGCCCGGGAACUGGCCUGGUGCGUGGAGCAGCUGGAGUUGGGGCUGAAGACGCAGAGACCCAACCCUAAGCAGAAAGAGCAGGCUCUCGGGGCAAUCCGGAUCCUGAGCAGCCAAAGAACCCCCCUGCCCCGGAAGAGGCAGCUGAUGCGCUCCUUGUUUGGAGACUACAGGGCUCAGAUGGAAGCUGAGUGGAGCGAGGCCCUGCGGGCUCUCAGGACCGCAGCCCACUCGGCCCAGGUGCAGCCUGCAGGUGAGGCCACCAGAAGGAAGAGCCGAAAGGUCUGCAGGCCCCAUCUAGCAAGGGGAGCCAAGGAUAUCCUAGACACUCCUCUUGAAGAGUUCAGGUUCAACUUCUUUUAGCCUCUUCCCCAUCCAGGACAGUCCCCCUCUGCAGGUGGUAGAGGGGUUUGUCUUGAGUGCAGAGCUUUUCCAGGGAUGCUUUGUCAGACAGAUGUGGGAUUGGUCUGUCCCUGGCUGGGCACUGAGUCUUGUGUCGACCCAAUUCACUUGGAGACACCAACUCUACUGGAGGGUCGAAGUAAAGGGGCAGGGUCAGGGGGUGAAGGGGUCUGGCCAGGAUGUGGUGGGUUGAAAUUGGAAAGAGUGGGAGGAGUAUUCAUGUCUUAACAGGGAUGUGGUUGGACCUGGAAAUGAUGCAACUCCUUUUCAGUCCUUGUGUGGGAGUUUUGGGUUGUUGUCAUGGGAAUUGUCAACCCGGCAUGAUUCUGUUGGGUGUGUCAUUUAGCAUGCUAAUAUAUUACAAUGAACGUGUACUAAGGCUCAAGGUGGGCUGGAAGUCUUAUGUUCUGCAGUCUUGGACCCUAGUCUGUUCUAAUCAGUUUUUUGUGCUUUUCUCUAUGCAGCUUCCUCCUGAAACUUAGAUAAGAGUAAUUGGGUUCCACUCAAGGGAGAGGCAGGGGUAUGAACCUGGGGCAACAGAGUCUAAUAUUUCAACAUUUUGAUGUAUCUUGUGUCUUCUGUUGUAUGAAAAAUUCAGAAUUCUGUUGUGUGAAAAAAUUCAGAAUUGCUUGUAUUUGCAAAUUGAAAGUUGACAGUCUACAGUCUUUAAGAAUAUUCAGCUAGCUACUUAGAACGCUUUAUUUGAUAUGAGUGGGUCUUUUUAAUGAGAUUUUUGUCUGACUGCAUUGUGUGAUGUCCUCUGAGGCACCACUUUGAUAUUUCUGCUGUCUUAACAAAGGAUUUUCCAGUCACAUAUGUUUUCCUGACCAUGCCCUGCAUUUUAUCUUUGUUUAGAAUCCUUUUUCUCGGGGAGGCAAUAAAGUUUAUUUUGGGAGAUACUGUUAAACAAAAUUAAAGUUGUGUACGUUAGCAACUGUCGAAUGAAAUAAAUGCACAGCCUAAAAGUUGAGAGUUAUGCUUUACUUGGCGGGAGGACUGGAGCAGGGGUGACAGCCUCUCAGAUUGCUCUGAGGGAGUGCACCAGAGAGAUGGGGGAGGAGCUAAGAUAUAUAGAAAUUUUACAACAAAGAUCAGGUAGUAAGAACAUUAAAAGAUUGCUUGUUAAUUGAAGAAAGCCAGAUAUCUCAAGUUAAAGAAUUUAGCACUGUUCUGUGUACGGGAGGGAGCAAACAUUUGGGCUUACUGAAAUUAUUCCUUCAACAAGCAUCUAGCUAUCUAGGGCCAGUAUGCUGUCCUUUCAUAUUUUAAGUCCCCUCAGGCUGAUGAGGCCUAGCUGCAGGCUUAUCUUCACUCUGGGGGUGGUGGCAGUGGCUGAUGACUUGAGAUCUUCAGCAUUCUUUUACUGGUAUGGCUUGCAGUAUUUUCUGUUCACACAGCAUAACUCAACAUCCUUAAUUGGUUGAGCACAGAGGAUUUUUAAGGCAGUGAAACUAUGUGGUGUGAUACAUUCAUGGUGAGAUGUGUUUGCCAGAACCCAUAGGUUGUACAUCACCAGGAGUGAACUCUGAUGUAAACUCUGGACUUUGGUGAUCAUGAUGUCUCCAUGUAGAUUCAGCAGUCGUGACCAACACACAGCAUGCUAAUAGGAUAGUUGGGGGGUAGGAGGCUCUGAGAACCUGUGUGUGUGUCUGGGGUUUGGGGGUGGGAAUGGGGGUGAUGCAGGAAAAACGAAUGUGGGGCAUGAGAAGGGCUGUGUCCCAGGCUUCGGUUGAGCCCUUGGGACAUGCCCCGCCAAGUAUGGGUCCUUGGCUUUGUGCAGGAAGGAAUUCAAGAUCGAGCCACAGUUGAGUAAAGGUAGAUUUAUUCAGAGAGGUGUAUUGAAAGGCAGGAGAAAGGCCACGAGGUGUGGGGGCUAGGAGCUCAGAUUAAAAGUAGGUACACACACCAUAGACAGAGCGUGGUCCAUCUCCACCUCCGAAUGGAGAGAGGCAGCUGUGGCGAGGAACUGUGGUGCCAGUUUUUAUGGGCUCAGUGGCUUCAUGUGCUAAUAAGUGGAAGGGCCAGUCUAAGUAGCCUGGGGAAAGGGCUGGGAUUCCCAGGAAGUUGGCCAUUUCCCACUCUGACCUUUUGCGCCCAGCCUUGGGCCUGCCAUGGUGCCUGUGGGCAUGUUAUUCACCAUGCUUAUAUUACAGUGGGCGUAUAAUGAAGCUCAAGAUCUGCUAGAAGUUAAAUCUCUCAUCAUCCUGAGCCUCAAGGCCUACUGGGGGUUGAAUCUUUCACCAUUUUGAUAUUAAUUGCUGUAGCAUUCCUUGAAUGGCUGUGCCCUGCCCCCUUCCUGUUUCAGGGGGAGCAGCAAGAGCAGAUAGGGGGCAUAUGGGACCUCUCUGUACCCUGCCCAACUUUGUUGUGAGCUCAAAACUGCUUAAAAAAAAGAAGCCUCUUUAAACAAAGAAACACACAUUCCAGUAGUAUCCCAUGGCUGCUCCUCUUCAAGUCCUCAAGUUUUCUGGGCCAUGGGAGUGGAACGUCAGCCGACAUCAUGUUUUUUUCACCCUGCAUCCUUUUAAAGUUUUAUGUGACAUCUGCUUUUUAUCUCUUACAUUCUUCUUAUUUUAAAAAUAGUGUUUUUCCUUCUUCUUUAAAAAAAAAUUGAUGUAUAACUGAUGGGCAGUAUUGUUGCCGAAAGAUCAGCCCCCGUCACUGAUGAGCCAAAUAACCCAGAGACAAGUUCUUGGACCUUAGAAGAAAAGAGGCAAUUUUAUUGCUUUGUCAGGCAAAGGGGACUCACAGCAGGAUAGUGCCUUCAAAACUGUGAACCCACCUUGGAGAUGGGGUGGGGUGGUUAUAUAGCCAUAGCUCAAACAAUAAAGCAUUGAUAAGAAGUGACAGAAUCAUUUUCUCAUCAGAAGACUUAGAAUGAGGACUUGAUGCCUCCAGGUGACCAAUUCCAUAGAGGCCAGCGGUUAGAUCUCUUUAUCUCAUAAGGUGUGGUCUUCUUGGUAAUUCAGGCUAUUUUGUAAGGUUAACAUCCUGUGACCUCCUUGGAGAAGGACCCAGAGAUCAAGCUUUAUUAUUACUUUCACUUACUGGAAUAAAGUAGAAACAGUAAGGUCAAUAGCUUCAGUUUUAACAAUGGGCCUGGAACUGUGAGUAGCAAGUGGUCAGUCAGGUCAGUUGACCAUUUUAAGGGCGAGCAUAAGAAUAAGCAAUCCGUUAGCCUAAGUGUGGCCAUUUUAUUAAUCCUUCUUCAGUAUUAGUUUUCAGGUAUAGAACAUAGUGAUUUGGUAUUUCUAUACGUGGCCAAAUGAUGACCACAGUGAGUCUAGUUACCACUGGUCACCAUACAAUGUUAGCAGAGUGUUAUGGACUCUAUUCCCUAUGCUGCACAUGACAUCCCUGUGACAUUUGUUAUGUGACUGGAGUUUGUGUGUGUCAAUCUUUCUUACCUGUUGCACUCAUGCCCCCAACCCUCUCUCCUCUGCAACCACCAGCAUGUUCUUGGGAUCUAUGAGUCCAUUUCUGUUUUCCUGUUUGUUCAUUUGUUCUGCUGUGUAGAUUCUACAUAAAAGUGACACCAAAAGAUCUCUCUCUUUCUCUGUCUGACAUAUCUCACUUAAUAUCCUAUAGGUCCAUUUAUGUUGUUGCAAGAGUUCAUUCUCUUUUAUGGCUGAGUCAUUUUCCACUGUGUGUGUGUGUCUAAAAAAUAUAUUUUACACACAGAAAGAUACCCCCGAGUGUAAUUCCUGCAGCAUAUGGUAGUUCUAUUUUCAAUUUUUUGAGGAGCCUUCAUACUGUUUGCCACAGUGGCUGUAACAAUGGAUGUUCCCAACAAAGGUGCAUGAGGGUUUCCUUUUCUCCACAUCUUCACCGGUGCUUGUCAUUCGUUGCCUUUUGGGUGAUAGCCAUUCUUUCAGGUGUGGGGAGAUCAUCUCAUUGUGGUUUUGAUGUGCAUUUCUUUGAUGAUGAGCGAUAUUGAUCAUCCUUUCAUGUGUCUGUUGGCCAUCUGUAUACUGUGGAAAAAUGUUUGGUCUUCUCUCCCAAUUUUUUUUUUUACUAGUGUUUUUCUUUUUUAAAUAUAUUUUGGUGGUUGAGUUAUGUGAGUUUUUUGUUGGUCUGUUUUGGAUAUAAAUCCCUUUCAGAUGCAUUUUUUUGUGAAUAUUUUCUCACAUUCAGUAGGCUGCCUUUUCAUUUUGUGAAUGGUUUCUUUUGUUAUCAAAAGAUUUUCAGUUGGAUGGUGUCCCAUUGGUUUAUUUUGUUUUUGUUUCUCUUGCUUGAGGAGACAGAGCCAAAAGAUUAUUGCUAAGACUGAUGUGAAAGAACUUACUGUCUUUGUUUUCUUCGAGGGGUUUUAUGGCUUCAGGUCCUACACUAAGGUAUUUGGUUCAUUUUGAGGUUGUUUUUGUAGAUGGAAUGAGGAAGGAUUCCAGUUUGAUUCCUGUGCAUGUAGCUGUCCAGUUUUCCCAACACCACUUAUGGAAGAUGCUGUCUUUUCCCUGUUGUAUAUUCUCACCUCCUUCAUCAUAAAUGAAUUGACCACACAAGCAUGGGUUUAUUUCUGGCCUCUUAAUUCUGUUCUGUGUAUUUAUGUGUAUUUCUUUUGUGCCAAUAGCAUACUGUGUUGAUGGUUCUUGGUUUGUAGUAGGGUUUGACAUCAGGGAGCGUGUGGUAGAGUUUGACAGCAGUGGUCAUGAUAUGAAAGUUUUGUGCUUCUUUCUUAAGAUUGUAUUGAUUAUUCACGUUCUUUUGUGUUUCCACACACAGUUUAGAGUCCUUUGUUCUGGUUCUCUGAAACAUUCUGUUGGUAUUUUGCUAGGACUGUCAUCAAAUCUCUAGAUUGCCUUGGAGCGUGGGAUCCUUUUAACAGUACAAUUUCUUCCAAUCCAUGAGCACAGUGUAUCUUCCCAUUGUCUGUGUCAUCUUUGGUUUCUUUCAUCAGUGCCUCCUGGCUGUCUGAGUGCAGGUCCGUGCCUCCUGGGUCGGGUGUGCUCCUGGGUAUUGUAGUUUGGUAAAGGUCAUUGUCGGUGUUGGUGGUUUCUUAAUUUCUCAUUAGCUAGUUUGUUGUGAGUGUGUAGAAAUGCAACCAAUUUCUGUAGGUUAAUUUUGUAUCCUGCAACGUGAUUGAAUUUUCUGAUGAGUUCUGUUUGUUUUUGUGUGUCAUCUUCAGGAUUUUCUAUACAGAGUAUCAUGUCAUCUACAAACAGUGACAAAUUUACUUUUUCAUCAGCCAUCUGAUUUCUUUUCUUUUUUUCAUCUAUUUACUAUGGCUGGGACUUCCUAGACCAUGUCAAAUGAAGAUGGUGAGAGGGGUCAGGGCUAGAGUUAGGUUUAAGCAUAACUGGCCCUCUUCCCCUUCCUCCAUCUCCAUCUCUCUGUGGCCUCCCAGAAGGACAGGACCAGUCCAGGGUCACCUAUGACUCAGGGAGUUGAGCUGGGCCAGUGCUUUUUCUGCAUCCCCUCCCUUCCCACUGAGUCCUGGGCAUAUUUUGGUAUCCUAUCUGUGUAUCUUCUUUGGGCAGAUGCCCAUUUAGAUCUUUUCCUAUUUUUAAUGGAGUUGUUUGUGUUAGAGUUCUUUAUAUAUUUUGAGACAAAUCCUUUAUUUGAUGUGUUUUAACUCUUUCUUCCAGUUUGUGGCUUGCCUUUAGAUUUUCUGAAUAAGGUCUUUCACAAGUAGAUGUCUUUAAUUUUAUAAAGCUCAUGAUAUUGCAGGAGUAUUAAUAAAAUGGCCACACUUAGGCUAACAGAUUGCUAAUUCUUAUGCUUGCCCUUAAAAUAGUCAACUAACCUGACUGACCGGUUGCUACUCACAGUUCCAGGCCCACUGUUAAAACUAAAGCUAUUGAUCUCACUGUUGCUACUUUAUUCCAGUAAUCAAAAGCUACAGUCAUGCUUGGACUCUGAGUCUCCAGGGAGAAGAUCACAGAACUGUAACCUUACAAAGUAGGCUAUAUACUAAGAAGACCACACCUUGAGUGCUCAUGAGAUAGAGAUUGAAAAAGUGACAACCACUGGCCUCUAUAGAAUUGGUUGCCUGGAGGCAUCAUGACACCAUUCCAAGUCUUCUGAUGAGAAAAUGAUUCUGUUGAUUGUUAUUAAUGCUUUGUUUGAGUAUGGCUGUAUAACCACCCUACCCUAUCCCCAAGGUGGGGUCACAGUUUUGAAGGGACUAGCCUGCUGUGUCUCCUUUGCCCAGGAAAGUAAUAAAACUGCCUCUUUUCUUCUAAUCUCCAAGGCCCUGUCUGUGAAUUCUUUGGUUCAUCAGGGAUGGGGGCUGAUCUUUCAGCAACAAUAUUCCUUGAUUUUCUUUCUGGAAUGCCUUUUUGUGUUGUGUUAAAACUCAAAGCUCAUGAUCUACAUGACCAAAUCCAAGCUCAUAUUGAUUCUCUUCUGGUUUCUUCUGUAAUUUUGAAUAGUUUUGCAUUUAAAAUUUGUCUAUGAAUAAUUUUGAGUAAUGUUGGUGUAAGUUGUAAAGUUUGCAUCUGCAUUCAUUUCAUUCCAUAUGGUCCCCAUUAAUUGUUCCCUAACUGUUUUGGAGAAGUAAGGGAUAUUGUCCCCAUUUCAGUUUGAAUUUCCACAGUUAAAUGGAUUCAGCAGUUCCCCCAGCAGGGGGUGUGGUCUCCAGCGAACUGUGAAUGGGGCCUGCACCUUCCACACUGACCACAGGGUCGCUGAGCUGCAUCGCUGACCCACAGCGCAUGCGCAUUCCAUGCGGACUUGGCUCUGUUCGCAGCUGAGAGGAGUUUGUCUCAUUUACCGCCAGGGCUGCAGGUUGGGUCGCGCGGCUGGUCAUUGUCUAUGCAGCAGGAGCUCAAUCUCCUUGGGACCCACCCAGGCUGCAGCUUCAGGACCACACAGGGCAGCGUCCAUGUGGCCAGGAGCUGAUUUUCCCGAUGACCCAGGCAUUGCUGGGAGGAAUAGGUGAGGAAAGGUGGGGAGAAGCUCCCUGUGCAUGGCUGAUGGCUUGGGUGGGGGGUGGUGGGCUUCAUAUGACCAGGAAGGGCUUGGUGUGGAAAACCAGGUUUUAUCAGUUCUGUGUGCAGUGCAGAUGGCAUGUGGUGUCCAGGUUUCCCAGCACUGCUUCCUAUGGGGACCGUCCUUUCCCCUUGGUGUGUCUGAGCCCCUUUGUCAUACCUUAACUGACCUCAUCUGCCUUGGGUUUUUUUUCUGGAAUCGCUGUUCUGUCCCUCUGGUCCACGUCCCUGUUUUUAUGACAAUUCUGUGCUUCUUUUGUGACUGUAGCUUCAUGGUAUAGUGUGAAGUCAGGGAGGGAGAUGCCUCCAGUUUGUUCUCCUUUUUCAGGGUCGCUUUGGCUAUUUGGGGUCCUUUGUGGGUCCACACAAAUUUUACGGUGGUUUGUUCUAUUUUUGUGAAAAAUGCCAUUGAGAUGUCUUAUUUAAGGGGGAAAGUGGGCAGUUUUAGGUGAGAGAGCCCUGAAGUAAGAACCAGAUGCCAGUUAUAGUUCAUUUACAGAAAUCCCCAUGGAUCAUGGUCCUGGAAUGAGGAGAGAGGCACGUUUGUGGGCGGGCUGAUGGCUUAUCCAGGCUUGAUGAUUAAGCACUGGUUAUUAGUUAUGAUAAGCAUGUUGGCUGGAAAUGUUUGGACUCUGUGUGGUAGUAUGAUUAGUAAACAUUAGUUUACUAAUUGAUUAGUAAAAUUAGUUUACUAAAUGAUAAGUAAACAUUUGUUCAUGUAAUAUCAAUCAAUUCAAUUACCCCUGUGAAUAUUUGUAGGGACUGGAAUCCAAUAUGGAUUGAACUGUUUGAUGUGUCCUGUAAUAGCAAUAGGCUGACGUGCAUGCUUAUGCGCAUGGAUUAGAUAAUUAAUUCAUGGUUAUACACGUCAGUAUUACAUAUGAUAAAACGUCUGUAUUGUACUUGUAUAUGUAGAAGGGCACGUAAUGCACAAGGUACACAGUGAUGUUCGUUUUUAUGGUGUCAUUUUCUCACACUUCGUUGUACUUGUAGACAGCACUCAAGCAACAAGUUAAGAAAGUUGUUCAGGGAAUAGUUUAAGUGGAAUUUCAACCUUGGAAGCUGAAGGCAGAGCUGGAGCUUCUUACUGGACUCUCAGGGAGACGUGUCCUCCUUUUACUGUUUAUAAGACCAGGCUAAUAAAUAUACGAGAAAGACCUUUCAUUUCAGGAGGUUAUUUUCAAUAAUGCUUGUUAUUGGUAAAAGGACAAGAAUUAAAAUAAUUAAAAGAAAGUGUAGAAUAGAUGCUAGUUCAGGUUCUUGUAGCCAAAAGACAAGACUGAAGCUGAUACGAAUGCAGCACAAGCUUUAUUCAGUGGUCAAAGACUGGAGAAGUGGGAACUUAGCUCACAGAUCAACUUCUCACCCUUAUGGAGAAAGGGAUUUGAUUUUGAACAGUAAAGACAAAGGAGGAGUGUUUGUAUGCCAGCUGGGGAUCCCUUCUCUUCUCUCUUUAAUGGAGCAGCCACUGUGCCAGCCCUCUCUUGAGGUGAGCCGUUCUGGGGUUUCAGGCUGGGUCACCUGACCUGCUGAGGUGCUCAGUGUCAGGGAACUCAGGAGCCAGUACCCUAGCAGGGGUGCUGGGGACACUCAUAGCCUCAGUGAACGUCCCUUCCAGCAGACAGCCCAGCCAAAGUGGGGGAACUUCGGGGGAUUACAGUAGGAGAGAGUCACCAUCUCACUGAUGCUUCAGAAAGUCCAUGUUGGGACGGGAUGUGAGAUGCACCGUGGAGGUGGGAUCUUUGUCAAGGCCUGAUGGCGGGCACAAGAUCAGGCUUGGGCCAGGGCUGUAGAUGGGGAGUCCUGUGGGGACUGGCUCUGGAGGAGGAGCUGACAGCUACUGAUGCACAAGGAAAGUGGGAGACUGGGAGGCCCCAGGUGUCUGGGCUUAGCAACCAGGGAGGGUGAGGCUGCCUCUUGGGGUGUGGAGAGUGGCAGGAUCACAGUCCUGUGAGGGGCCUGUCAGCCCCAAGGUGAGGGGGGACGCAGUAGUUGGACAGAUACAUCUGGCCUGGGAGAGGGGUCCAGGGAGGAAGGGGAGAGGCCGAGUAGCGGUAGGUGGGUUACAGCAGAUCUGUUAGUGGCUGUGUAUGCAUUCCACUGGCAAUGAGGGAGGGUGCCUGUUGUUUCUCACCACCAGCAAUGGGAUUGUACUUGUGGGGUUUAGUGGUCCUAAUAGGUGUGCUGUGAUAUCUUGUGAUUUUAAGUUAUCAUUCCCUAAUUGUAUGUGAUGUUGAGCAUUUUUUUGGUAUGCUUAUUUACUCCAUCUUUUAUUGCUGGGUGUCUAUUCAGCUCUUUACCCAUUUUUAUUUUGGAGUUCUUUGUAUAUUAUGAGUCCAGAUCAUUUAUCAUCUAUGUGUUUUGUAAAUAGUUUUCUCACAGUUUGUGGCUUGUCUUUUGGACUUCUGAAUAAUGUCUUUCUGAGUAGAAAUCUUUUAUAAAGUCCCUAAUAUUAAUUUUUUUUUUUUUGUGGGUUGGCUUUUUGUGUAGUGUGAUAAAACUCAAAGAUCAUAAUCUGCUUGACCAAAUCCAAGGUCAUGUAGAUAUUUUUUGGUUUAUUUGUAUAAUUCUGAUAUUUUUUAUUUUAAAUGUGUAUGAAUACAUUUGAGUGAAUUUGUUUUAAGUUUUAAAGUUUGUGUCUCCAUUCACAUCAUUCCUUAUGGCUUCCAGUUAAUUGUUUCUUAACUGUCUGGAGAAGUUAUGGAUAUUUGGCUAUAUUUCAGUUUGAAUUUCCAGUUUAAAGGAUUCAGCACAACUGCCCUUGGGGCGGGGCCUCCUUAUUCAGAAAUCCAAAAGAUAAGCACAAAGUGGCCGUGAGGGCGGCUUGGUUCCCGCCCUCCUGUCCACAGUGUAGUGGACUGAGCAGAGCUGCCCUUAGGGCAUACCUCCCCCCUCCACCUCUGGCUGCGGGAGCAGCUGGGUCCAGAGCCUGCCUCCCAGACCUGUGGUGGGAACAGACAUGCAUUCUGCCCAAGGACUUGGCUUCCUCCACAGCAGACUGGAGCCAGGUCUCCUCUGUACCUGCUGGGGCUUCAGGACAACAGGGGGUUAUGUCCCUGCUGACGGGAGCCCAGUCUCCUCAGCACCCGACAGGAGGUGCUGCACUGAAGGAAAAUGUGAGGAGGAAGGAAAAGUGAGAAGUUUCCUGUGAGGGGCUGACUGCUGAGGGGAGUCCCUCCUCAGAGGCCCUAGGAGAGGAAGGGCUGGAUGUGGGAAACUGGGUUUUAGUCAGUUUUUGUGUGUGGUGUAGAGUGUGUCGUGUCCUUCUUUGGUGUCUGGUGUCUUAUUUUCCAAGUGCCUUUUGUUGAGGGGUCCGUCCUUUCCCUGGUGCUGGUUCCUGGCUCCUUCCUUGUGAAUUUACUGACCACAUACCUAUAGGUUUAUUUCUGGGCUCUCUCUGGUCCAUGUCCCUGUUGCUGUGCCAAUUCCACACUUUUUGGUGACUUUAGUUUCCUACUGCAGUGUGAAGUCUGGGAAGGAGAUGCCUCCAGCCUGUUUCCCUUCUGUAGAAUCUCUUUGGCUGUUCAGGGUCCUUUGUGUUUCCACACCAAUGUUAGGAAAGUUAGUUCUUUUUCUGUGAAAAAUGCAACUGAAGUUUACUUUACUUUAUUGAAGUAUAGUCAAUUCACAGUGUUCUGUUAUUUUCUGGUGUAGGGCAUAGUGAUUUGACGAGGGUUGCUUUGAGUUUGAGCACUGCUUUGGGUAGAAUGGACAUUUUAACCAUAUUAAUUCUUUCUGUCCGUGAGCAGAGGGUAUCUUUCCAUUUAUUUGUGUCUGUUCAGUUUCUUUCCUUAGUGUCUUAGAAUUUUCAGUGUGCAGGUCUUUCACAUCCUUGAUUAAAUGUAUUCCUAGGUAAUUUUUUGGAUGCAAUUGUAAAUGGUAUUUAAAAAAAAGUCUCUUUCUGAUGUUUCACUAUUAAUGUAUAGAAAGACAACUGAUUUUUGUGUUUUGAUUUUGUACCUUGUGGCUUUACUGAAAUCAUUCAUUAGUCCUAACAGCUUUUCGAUGGCUUGAUGUGGAAAACUAGAAAUCAGAAAUUGCCCUGUUUGGACUCCAUCCAGGUCAUCCACAGCACCUAAAACACAGUAGCUCUUAAUCUUCCCACAGUGCCUCUGAAUUACCUUUGGACUCCUACAAGGGCAAUUAGCAUCAGCACUUUGGUUGAACUGGACCAGGUUAAGGGUUGGCCUCUAUAAGGAAAUCUGAUGUCUUCUCUGCUUUUUCGGUGUGGCAUUGACAUGGUUGUUUUCAAAAGUAAUUUAGUUUCUAGUAAUUUUAAACGUAUUAAGUACUUUAAAUAGCAUUACGCAGUACUCACAUUUGCCACCUCACAUAAAAUACUCCAGUGGGUUUUACCUAAAACUGGGAUACUCUCCCAGGGAACCAGCACAUAAACCCCAAAUGAAGAAAUAUUAUGGUUCAUCUUGUAACCCCAUCCACAGGCCCACUUCAGCCCUUCCCCUUUGCCCCAACUUAUAGGAAUCCUUUCUUCCAUUCUGUGCCAGUUUUCUUUUUCUGAAACUAUUACUGAGAGUUUCCCUCUUUUUCAAAAUCUUAAUGGAUUAAAGUGCACAAGAUGAGUAUGAUCUGGGUGGCCUCUUCUGUGUGGCUUCUUUCACUUAGAAUAUUUUCAAUCUAAAUCCAAGUUGUAACACAUAUCAUUAGUGAUUCAUUCACAUUUUUCAUUGUCAUUAAAAAUACAGAACAUAGCACUUACCAUUUAAACCACUUAAAUAUACAGUCUAUGGUAUUAACUAAAUUCAUAUUGUUGUACAGAGAACUCACCAUCCAUCGCCAGAAACUUACUCAUUUUCCCCAAGCGAAACUCUGUAUCCAGUAAACACUAACUCCCCUCAGCCCCUGGCAAUGACAUUCUCUCUGUCUCUGAAUUUGGCUUCCCUGGAUGCCUUAUGUAAGUGGAAUCAUAUAACAUUCGUCCUUCCGUGUCUGGCUUACUUCACUUAGCAUAGUGAUUUCAAUAUUUGUCCAUGUUGUAGCAUAUGUCAUAAUUUCCUUAGUUUUUCAGGUUGUGUAGUAUCCCAUUGUGUAUACACCACAUUUUGUUUAUCCAUUCAUCUGCUGAUGGACAGUUGAAUUGCUCCCACCUUUUGCUGUUGUGAUUAGUGCUACUAUGAAUAUGGGUAUACCCAUUUCUGUUCCAGUUCCUGCUUUCAAAUAUUUUGAAUAUAUACCCUGAAGUGGAAUUGAUGGGAUCACAUGCUAACCACCUGCUUAAGUUUUUGAGGAACUACCAUAUGAUUCUCAACCAUGGUUGCACCAUUGUAUUCCUUUAUAUGUCAGAAUAAUAUGGCAGUUUAUGGGUGUACCCUAUUUGUUUAUCUGUUUAGCCUUUGAUGGACAUUUCAACUGUUCUACCUUUUGGGCCAUUGCGAAUAGUGCUGCUAUGAAUAUUUGUAUAUAAUUAUUUUUGUUCAAACACCUGUUUUUAAUGCUUUGGGGUCUGUAUCUAGGAGUGGAGUUGUUGACCCAUAAGGUAACUGUAUUUUUAUCUUUUUGAAGAAAUGGCAGACUGUAUACAUGUGUUGUGCCAUUUCCCAAUUUUUCAAGUAACGUUUUAAGGUUUCAGUUUCUCUACAUUAUUGUCAAUAUUUGUUGUUUUUAGUUUUCUUGAUUGCAGGGAUUCUACUGUGCUUGAAAUGAUAUGGCAUUAAUUUGCAUUUCCAUCACGACAGAUUUUUAACAUCUUUUCAUGUGCUUGUUGACUAUUUGUGUUGUUUGGAGAAGGGUCUAUUUAGGGGGGAGGGUGGGAAGGGAUAGACUGGGAUUUAAAAAUUGUAGAAUAGAUAAACAAGAUUAUACUGUAUAGCACAGGGAAAUAUAUACAAGAUCUUAUGGUAGCUCACAGAGAAAAAAAUGUGACAAUGAAUAUAUAUAUGUUCAUGUAUAACUGAAAAAUUGUGCUCUACACUGGAAUUUGACACAACAUUGCAAAAUGAUUAUAAAAAAUGUUUUAAAAAAGGGUCUAUUUAAAAUUUUUUUUAAUCUAACUUUAUUUAUUGGUGUUUUUUCAUUUUUCAACUUUAUUAGGUAGAAUUAUUACUGUUUGACUGCACAUAUACCUUAUAUUGCAUGUAAAUACAUAUAUACAAUAUACUGUACAUUUUUUUUAGUUUACGUAUAGAGAAGGGUCUAUUUAAGUCCUUUUACCAUGUUAAAAAGUGGGUUUGUUUUGUCUUUUUAUGAGUUGUAAAAGUUCUAGAUAUAUUCUUGAUCAAUUUUUUUUCAAGUAUAUAAUGUGCAAAUAUUUUCUUUGAUUUUGUGUACUGUGUUUUCAGUUUCUGGAUAACAUCUUUGAUGUACAAAAGUCUUUAAUUUUGAGGAAAGGCAAUUUAUUUUUUUUGUUUCCUUGCUUGUGUUUGCUAUCAGAUCUAAAAAAACCUGCUAAAUCCAAGGUCAUGAUGACUUAUCGCCAUUGUUUCUUUGAGAGUUUAUACAGCUUCCAUCCCUAUGUGUGAGGUAUUGGUUCCAGGACGCCCUGUGGAUACUAAAUAUCUGUCGAUGCUCAAGUCCAUUAUAUAAAAUAGUGUAGUAUUUGCAAAUAAUCUAAGCACAGCUUCCUGUAUACUUAAAAUCAUCUCUAGAUCACUUAUAAUAAAUAAUACAAUGUAAAUGAUAUGUAAAUAAUUGUGAAGAAAAUAUAGUGUUAUUUAAAUAGUUUCUGGCAUGCCACAAAUUCAAGUUUUUCUUUAUGGAACGUUCUCAAAUUAUUAUUAUUUUUUAUCUGAAGGUGAGUGAUUCUGCAAAUGUAGAAUCAGCAGAUGAGGGCUGAUUGUCACUGUACCACUCUUUAAAUUUAAGCUUUUUAUGUAUCUUGAGUUAAUUUUGCAUGUGGUAUGAAGCAAGGACCCAAUUUCAUUUCUCUUGGAAAUGAAAAAAUUUCACUAGAUAGACAAUUGCCUGGCAACAUUUGUUGAAAACACAAUUUUUUCCCUCCAAUUUAAUGUUGCCCACUGUGGUAAAAAAAAAAAAAAAAAAAAAUCAGUCAGUGCAUGUGUCUUUUCACAUUAGAGGGUUGCUCUGGAUACAUGCCCAGCAGUGGGAUCUCAGACUUUUGCUUCUGAUCUAAACAGAAGGAGGUCACUAUGUGGAACCUACACUUUAGGAUAGGGGGCUUUAGCUCCACUUCCUUGGUGGAUGUCAUGGAUUAUUAGGAAUUCUUCUCCAUAGGAGUUUUCUAUUCAAUUCCAUUUAUUAAAAAAAAAAACAAAACACCUAUGUCAUCAUGUAACUUCACCAUUGUAGAUAGCUGGACAGCUAUUUUAAUCUUUUGGUUAUAAUCCAGCACUACAGAUUUUGGUUGCUCAGUUUAUUCCUGCUUUGGCUAUUGAGAAUUCUUUCAUUGGCUCCUGUUUCCUUUGAGAUCAUUCCAUCUUUGGGGGUUUUUCUUUUCCUGAUACUUCCUUACUUUCUGAUACAAGAUUCAAGAUUAUCCUGGCUCAUAUACUGACUCUCAGUCCUAGUGUAAGCCAUUUUUUCAAAGAGUCCUGAUUCCUUUUAUUAGAGAAUGGUAUUAAGAACUUGCAUAUGGGAGGUAAAUAUGCUUGGGUGACAAUGCAGGAAAUAUAUGCAUGUCUUCUCACUGAUGUGUAUUGUUGUUGCACUGACCCCCAAAUCUGUCACAAGCACAGUGAUUGUUUUAAAUUUAAGUUACUUAGAAAGUGGUCAAAGCAAUGGGACACUCAAUUUCCCCCUCAACAAUAGUAUAUACUCCUAAUUAUAGAGAUUAUAAUUAUAAAGAUGUCUAUGUGGGACUGUCUGUAUUCAUAAGCCAAAGAUGAGUUUAUACUGAUGCCUCCAACAUGAUCCAUUAUCACAUGGACAGUGUACAUCUCCCCCUGCUUAUGUGUAACUCCCACUCAGACAGAAUCCUUGUUUCCACCAUCUUCCAUCUAAUUUGUUUCUCAUUCUAUUCCAGAUCAGUGGUUUCACCAUUUUUAGCUCCUACUUCUGUGAGAUGGAACUUUAUACAUUCUAUGCAGUACUUUUUCCCUUUAGUCUACACAUUCUGUUUAUUCCUGCAGUUACUGAGGCUGGCACCUUUUGCUCCACCAGCAUCAGUGAGUGUUUUCAUACAUUUCUAAGACAGAUUCUUCAUUACAUCCUGUAUUCCAUCCUGUGACACUACCGCUUACUUGAUUACUUAAUUGAUUUGCUGGGCCAUAGAGAACUAUGGGUUUAGACAAAUGGAUAUUGGCAGAUGUCUGUCACUAAAGUAUUAUUAUAUGGGAUAUUUCAAAACUCCCACAUGAUCUGUUCACCAUCUCUUAGUUUUCCCUUUCCCCAAAUUUCACAUACAUAGAAAUUUGCUCGUACAGUGCAUAUGUAGCCCCUCCAGACUGAUUCUUUCACUUGUGUAAAGAAAAGCAACAUGGAGUUGGUAUUGAUAAGAGAGCUCUGUCAGAUGGAGCCAGGAGCCCAUUCAGAAAUUGUGACCUACCUAUUAUAUCUCAGCCUGAAUGAAAUCCUAUGUUUUGACCUGAUGAAGUCACCCAGAACAUCUGCCAGAAAACUGUCUACUUAUUGUACUCUUGGCCUCAAAUAAUUCAUGACAGUCUGUCUAUGUAUUUUAUGCUUACCCUAAGUCAAAUCAUGAUUUCUUAAGGACAAAUAUUUUUUGAUCCACAUCAGAGUCCAUCACAGUUAUGGCCAGUCAAGUUUAACAAUGUCCUGGACUUUUGUCUUUAUAAGCCUCUGUACUCUUAUUCUUACCUGGAUCACUCUAAGAAUUACCUGAAUCUGUGUUCCCCAAAUGCAAUUCUUAAAACCCCAAAUAAACACUUUUCCUAUUUGCA